AUGCACUUGCUCGGGGGGUGCUCCCCCUUUAAAGGCGCUGUCGCUGUGUUACUACUUUUCGGGGUAGCACACGCAAUUGAUUUGGAUAUCAGUAGCGAACAAUCGAUCAAAGAUGCCGCGAGUACGUCGACCUACGCUAUGAUGAAAUAUUAUUACGGCAAUGAGACCGGUCAAAUCCCCGGGGCCUUUCCAGACAAAUGGUGGGAAGGAGCCCCUCUAUUUCUUGCACUCUUAGAGUACUGGCACUUUACUGGCGACACGACAUACAAUGAGGAGCUAAGUGUUGGCUUGCAAUGGCAAUCAGGUACGGACGGGGACUAUAUGCCAAGCAACUACAGUUCUUAUCUGGGAAACGACGACCAAAUGUUCUGGGGUCUAGCGGCUAUGACCGCCGCUGAAUUCUCAUUCCCAGACCGCUCGACUGGAUUCUCUUGGCUCUCUUUAGCCCAGGGCGUCUUCAAUACGCAAAUCAAAAGAUGGGAUACAUCCUCGUGUGGUGGUGGCCUACGGUGGCAAAUCUGGCCCUACCAGUCUGGAUAUGCAAUGAAAAAUUCCAUUUCGAAUGGGGGUUUAUUCCAAUUAUCUGCACGUCUAGCCCGCUACACUGGAGAUGCAAUCUAUCUUCAGUGGGCUAACAAGAUCUGGGAUUGGUCUGUCUCGUCACCUCUGCUUAGCAACUCAACGUGGAAUGUUGCCGAUUCCACCGAUGUUGAUAAUGAUUGUGCGACCCAGGGAAACGCCCAAUGGACGUAUAACUAUGGCACUUACCUGAUGGGAGCAGCGUAUAUGUACAACUAUACAAAUGGAACCACCCAGUCUCAAUGGCUGACAGCAGUUAAUGGCCUGUUGAAUGCCACAUUUGACAACUUUUUCAUCACCGGUGGGAUUAUUGAAGAUUACUAUUGCGAGCCCGCAGAAACUUGCAAUAAUAACGAGAUCCUCUUCAAAGGACUAACUUCCUCCUGGUUGGCAACGACUGCUCUACUUGUCCCAUCGACAUUUGACAGCAUCCUAGAAAAGCUACAAACAUCAGGUCAGGCAGCCGCUGCAUCUUGUACCGGCCACAGCAAUGGCACUUGUGGUGUCCAGUGGUAUAAGUCUACAUGGGACGGCUGGAUGGGAAUGGAAGAACAGAUCAGCGCGUCGAAAGUCUUCACCGCAAAUUUAAUCAAUUUCAACAAGACAGCUCCGGUGACCUCGACCACUGGCGGCAACAGUACUAGCAAUCCAACAGCAGGUGAAGACGACACUACUGCUUCCAGUCAAAAGACGACUACAAUCACAACGGCUGACAAGGUGGGUGCGGGAAUUGUGACGGCAAUUUUUGUGGCUGGCUGGAUUGGACUCAUGAGCUUUAUGAUGUUUGGUGGUUGA